AUGGGCGCCGGCGACCGCCUCGUGAUGCCGCGUUUCCUCCACGACACAGCCCGCAAACGCGCCCCCGACGCCGCUGCAUCCGUAUCCGCCACAGUACCGCCGUCGUCGUCGUCGUCGCCCACCGCCUCGCGCGUGUGCACACCGCUAAGUACGACCGACGGCUCGGCGUCGGUCGUCGAGGAGCUCCAGCGACGCAAAGCCGCGUUCCUCGCGCACUUUAAAAGCCACAGCGCGCCGCCGUUCGCCAGUGCCGACGACGAGACGGCCGCUGCAGACGAGCGGACGUGUCAGUCGUUUGGCGCCGCGGCGGUGCUGCCGUCGGGAUCGGCCGACUCGAAGUGUCACGUGUGCAAUGCCCCGCUCCGUCUCUUGCGUGUUCGCCACCACUGCCGGAAUUGUGGUCUCGCUGUAUGUGGCGUCCAUAGUAAAAACCAGGUCCCGCUGCCGCACUUGGGCAUUAUGAAGGAAGUCCGCGUCUGUGACUUGUGCACGAGGCACCUGGUGCAGCGACGCGCGGGUUACCGGAGUCCAAAGACCUCGCGGUCGAGACAGAACUCGAACCCGAACAGCAUUGAGCGCGAGAGCGAUCCAGAGCUGGUGCCAGUGGUCACGGAGAAGACCUCAGCGCUCGUGACGCCGUCGACUCCUCCUAAAAGCGGUCUCCCGCCAAUGGGUGGGACGUCUGGGCCGUGCGGGUUGCCCGAGGCUGCAAAUCCAGGCAGCUUCAGCUUCAAGUCGCUGAGCGCAGGCGCGAACACGACUGGCAGCGCUAUGCCGGGUAUCUUAUUCAGCUGCUUGCUGGAGGAGCAGGACAAUACGAUGGACGAGAUUUUGUACUUGGGCACGUUCACAAUGGGCGGACGGUCUCUAGCAAGUCGCCGCAUGAGUGCGAACGUAGCGCUGUGGAAAUGGCGAGUGUUUAUGCUGACGACGGCCGAGAUGCUGUGUUUCAAAGCCACUGCGUCGAUCACGGACGACGACAUUGUCCAUGUGUCGGCCAUGGCGCUCGGUGAAGUGCGAUCGUCGGUGCAUUUGUCGGACAUACUCCACAUUGAAGUGAACGACCAGUUCCCGCGCAUCCUCACGGUGAUCCGCUCCGAUGGCAGAGUGUUUCGCGUGCGCGCGCGCACUCCGGAACAGUGCACGGAGAUUGCAAUGACAUUGCGCAAAGCGAUGCAGUUGUUCCAGGACGCUCUGUACAAGCUGCAGCGUGGUCCGCAGCCUGAGGACAACUCGAUCAGUUGCGUGACUGUCCAGCAUGAGUCGUCACUACCCGAGUCUGUAGUGGUGAGCAACCCGGCCGUUGACGAAGCCUUUCAGGUGGAGAUGUAUCCGUCAAGCAUUCUUCGAUUGUACGUAAAUGGGCCUGCGGCAAACGGCACCGCGCUGUACUCGCGCGAGAUGUUAAGUCGCGGGGCCAAAGGCAGCUUGCCUGUUGUGGUAGAAGCUGAGCCACUCGGCAAUGGCGUACGCGACGAUCACGUCCUUCAUGUCGCGGUCAAGGCGAAGAAAGCUGUGAACAAACGGGAAGGGGAGAAUGACCGGCGGUUCUGGGGACUCACUUGCUUUUUCGUGGCUGUCGCAGCAGUCAUGAACUCGAUGGACAAGGGUCCUUUUGAACUGUUGGCGUGGCUGUCGGCUCUUGUUUUGUUCCUCUCCCGCUUUCAUGAGCGCAUCAGUUUGCUGCUCACGACGAAGCGGCUCGUGCGCGCACAGCGAUUGCGUGUGGAAUGUGUCGAGAUCACACUAGGAAAGAGCGGCGGGUCACCAGACGACGGUGACGACGACGGCCAAGACGAAGAACUCGACGGGCGUUUCCUGGCAGGCUGUGAAGGCGAUGUGGAGGAAGCAAAGGCGCGAUACGCUGCGACAAUGAAGUGGCGGAAAGAAAACGACGUGGACACGAUUUUGCUGCGUCCGUCGCCCGUCUUUGCGGACAUGAAGGAGUGCUUCACACACUUUACACACAAGAAGGACCGACAGGGUCAUCCCAUCUCCUUUGAGUUUCUCGGCGGCCAACGGAAGGCGCUGCACGAUUUCACGGGACGUGGUGUCUCGGAAGACGAAGCGAUCAUGCACCACGUCCGCAUGAUGGAGUUUAUGUGGAAAGUGCUAGACCCGCGGCCGUUCCCCGAAGGCAACAUGCUCAAGGUUUAUGACAUCAAGGGCAUUUCCAUGGCGGACUUAUCGACAGACGUGGUGAACUACACGAAAAAGUGGGGCGAAGUGGUAGCCACGUACAACCCGGAACGGGUCUACCAGGUCUUCCUCAUCAAUCCUCCGUCUUGGUUCAACCUUAUUUGGAAACUGGUGUCGCCACUCGUAAAUCCGAAGACACGUGAGCGUAUCCACGUGCUUCGCGGCCAGAAAGACAUAACGAAAGCGCUGCUGGAGUUUGUUGCGCCGGAGAAUUUGCCAAAGGAGUACGGUGGUGAAUGCCAGUGUGAAGGUGGGUGUUUCACGCACUCGCCCGAAGAAAACGAUAUUCGCGAGUGGACCGAGUUUGUUGAUACCAACUAUCGAGGAGACCCGUACGAUCCAGUCCUUGUCGACGCUUACGAAAGACUGUGCGAGAAGUAUCAGAAACAGUUGCCACCUCCAUCGCCAAGCCCGGAUGAUCAAUCCCCUGCCAGUGUCUGA